AUGAAUUUUCAUUUCCCUGGAACCUAUGCGGAAUUGCGGGACAACCACUUUUCAGGAAAUUAUAGAGUGAAAUCCAAAAAUCAAGUGAGCCAUAUGGAUGAAAGACUAAUUUUGAUGCGCCUCAAUUAAUUCGAAGAUGGUUUCAAUCAACUCGCAACUCUAAUUGAAGACCCUUAAUACUUUGAUUUCCUCUACUAUUUAGUCGAACAUCUAGAUGCACAUCCGAAUCAAAAAGUAUAAUUAUAAUUGGUUGAGAUCCUUUCAUUUCAAAUUCAAAAAUUAUACCCUGAUCAUGCUCAGGCAUUUAAGAUGACUCUCUUCUUAUUACUCAAUUUAUUGCAACAGAAGCAACUAUAAGGUUAAUAAGUGAGAAGAGCAUUAAAGACUCUGUAAUAAUUAUUUAAUCUGAACGCCUUCCAUGAUUUCGGUAGAGAAGGCAGCAGAUACAUAUUUGAUCUAGUUAAGAUGGCUGUGGAAAUUAAGGACGCUCAAAUAAGAGAAUUGUGGAUCGAUGUUUUGGUUUAAGCAAUUGCAAUGUGGCAGACCUAUGAUCUAAACCUCAAAAACAGGAUAGUUCAUUUGAUGUAUGAAUAAGAGAGUGUUGUCCUGAACAUCUCCAAAUUUCUAUUGGGAUGCAGCAAGAAUGACAGAUUGAAGUAGUACACCGUAGAUCAAAUUAUUCUACUUGUCAAUUACAUUACUGAGAAAUCUACUAAUCAAACUGAGAGUCUGGCAGUGAAAAAUCUCAAAGAACUCCUGUCUUAAACCUCUAAGGACAUGCCUAAGGUGUAUUAUCAAUAACUCUCGGCUUUCAUUGGUUUAUAUGAUAAUGAGAACUACCAUAUAAGAAAUGGAUUGUCAGAAUUAAUAACAAAUGUCAUCGAAUAUCUGAUCAAGGAAUCCAAAGAUUAAGAUAGCGAUGAAUUCUAGUUAACUAAUGCCAACAACCUGAUCAAAUAGCUCUUGGAUCGUCAUAUGGAUAAGACAGCCUUGUGUAGAUCAAAUGUGCUUCAUUGCUUGUCCUAACUGUUGAAUUCCAAUUGUGUACCAAAACAACAUCUAUAAACUAUUUUCGCAAUUUCAUCCUCCAGGCUGAGAGAUAUCUCUGGCUAUGUUAGAAAGUCCUCUCUACAAUUAUUGAAAUCAAUUGUGCGCUAUUAUAGAUUCUUGUAUGUCCAGAGUUAAGGAAGAUAAAAUUUCUGGUCUUCUGCCGAUAUUGAAGAUCAAAUAGGUAGAAAUAAGGAAGAAUUAUAAAACAUCCAUAAAGAUUUCGAGGAUAUUGAUAAACAAUUUUAAAAAGGAUAAAUCUCAUAAGAAGAAGUUAAUGAAUCCAUUAAAUUUAUUAAGAAGAAGGCACAGGAAAAGAUUAAGAUCUAAGAAUAUUUAGAAGAAUAUCAAAAGUUUUUGGAAGGGAUGAAAACAGUAAUUACUCAAGUUUUGUAAUUAUGCUAAAGUAAAAAUUAAGCAGAUGUCAUUCAUUCUAUCAAACUAUUUUCUUAUCUAUAGAAGUACAAUUAUGAGUCAGCAAAUUUAGGAUUAAGAAGAAUGAUCUUGCUUGUAUGGUCAUAAGAUAAAACUAUAUAAUAAGAAGUAAUCAAGAAGUUUUGGAAAUUAUUCCUAAGAGAUACCAAAAAAACUAGACAAAUUAUUCUAUAAAUCAUUGAUCUAAUUAGUAAAUCAAAUCUAAAAGAACUUAUUUCAUUAGAAAAGAUAAUCUUAUCUUAUGAAACUGAAUUGGCUCCUAACUAUAAAUUUCCAUCAAAAAUCUUCCAUACUCUUUGGGAGUAUUUCGGUAAUUAAGAAAUUGAUUAACGUUCAAUGCUCAUUUUUGUUAGAAUUAUGUUGACUAGGAAUUCUUCCUUACUUAAUUUAGAGAAGGUUGCCUAAAUUUAUAAUCAGUUGUAAAAAUAUAGUAAAAAAGAUCCCGAUUGGAUCAUUAUUAAGGAACUUGCAACCAUAUUGUCUAAAUUAGAUAGAACUCAUGGUAAGAAUUAAAUUAACUUUAAUAAAUCCAUAGAUCUAUUAAUUAUUUUAUUGAUUAAAUAUUAAAAUUCAUCGGAUAUGAACUACUUUUGUGCCUGUGAUUCAAUUAUAUAAUUAGUACCAAAUGCAGAGAAUCCAGAAUUGAUUUUUGAAACUCUUUUAUAGGAUUUGGGAUUUUAAUCUACUAAAAUGGAUUUAGAAGCAGAGGAGAUAAAGUAAAUGGAAGAAAUUCACUUGGCUCAUGCCAUCUAUAUAGCUGGUUCUGUGUCUUUAUAAUUACUCAUCUUCAUUGAUGCAACACACAACUCAUUAAAGAAUUUGAAAAAUGAAAGAGAAAAACAAAUUGGAAAAGAGCAAGAAAUAGAUAAAAUUCAAGGAGGAAUAGAAGGAGAAUUUGAAAAAUUGCAUGGCAUAGUUGACCAAAUUCAAGAUCUAAAAUUGAUUUAAUUGAAUUUACUAUCAGUUUUUUCUCCAAUGGUAAAGCAAAUAUUGUCAGAUUGUCUAAAUUAAAUGGAGACUGAAGAAAAUGCCACCAAAUAAUAACCACCUAUUGUGCAAGUGAGUUUAAUCACAAUGUGUAAAUUUAUGUGUCUAUCAGAAUCCUAUUGCAGAGAGAAUAUUUAGAUUUUGUUCAAUAUAAUGAAAUCUCCUCUUGUUGAUUAGGUUAUGAAGAAUAAUGUAAUUAUUAGUAUUGGAGAUUUGUUACAUAGAUGGCCUAAUUCAAUUUAAAAGUUCCAUAAAUAAAUAUACUCAAAUUUAGCUGAUACAAGUGCUGCAGUUCGAAGAGUGACACUUCUUGUAUUGACACAUUUGAUUUUGAAUGAUAUGGUCAAGAGCAAAACAUCAUUGUCUCAUAUUCCAAUUUUAUUGACUGAUCCUCAUCCUUAAAUACCAGCUAUGGCAAGAUACUUUUUGAAUGAGUUACAGAAAAAAGAACAAAGAGCCAUUACUAAUGCUAUUCCUGAUAUCAUCUCAAAUGUUUAAGAUCAAAAUGAGAACAUUCUUUCAUAAAUCUCUUAAUAUAUAGACAAAUCUCAGAUUGAAUCCAUUGUUGAUAAAUUAAUUACUAUCUUAGGAACUAGCACAAAUUAAUACGAAGUUAAGAAUAUAUCUAUACUGUUUAAUCACAUAAAUUUGUCCUAAAACUCUCUAUAGAAACUAUUGGAUGGUUGGGAAGAAUACAGAGAAUAAUUGAGAGACCAAUUUGUCUACAAUUAAUUUAUGAUUUUAAUUAAAAAGUUGAAAAGAACUUUGCCUUAAGAUGCAAAACCUUUAAUUGAAGAUUAUGAGAUGAAGGUAGAACAUCAUGAUAAGGAAACAUUUGAAAAUAGAAGGAGGGAGAAGGUCACAAAGAAAAAGAAUGUGAAAUAAGGAUAAAAUGAAGGUGGUGUUGAUAAGGAAUUAAAGGAAAAUAAAGGUGGAAAUAAAUUAAAAUAAUAAUAAUAAUAAUAGAAAAGGUAAACUAAGAAGAGAAAAGAAGAUGAUUUCAUGGAAUUAGAAUCAGAUUCGGAUGAUAUGAGUGAAGAAUCAUUAGUAAUUAAGAAAUAAACAAGCACAAGGAGAAAAAGAUCUAUAAAAAAAGAUGAAGAUGAAUGA